GGGCAGAGAGAGAGAGAGGUUGUGGGACAGGAGAGAGAGAGGCAGUGAGAUAGAGAGAUAGAGGCAGAGAGAGAGAAAGAGAGAGAGAGAGAGUGGCAGAGAGAGAGAAAGAGAAAGAGAGAGAGAGAGAGUGGCAUAGAGAGAGAGAGGCUGUAGGACAGGAGAGAGGGAUAUCUUUGCUCUAUGCACCAUGGAUUCCUCCACAACAGCACUGCUCCUCUGUUCUCUACUCUGGACAGUAUGUGCCCAGGCCCCAGUAGUGUCAGUUGAGCCCAGGUCAGCAGGGGUCCGGCAGGGGGAGUCGGUCAGUUUUCGCUGCCGGGUGGUUAGUGGGUCACAGCCCGUCCAUCUGGAGUGGAAGAGAACCAACAACCAUCCACUGGCAGAUAACGUGAAGAUUGGUCCGGAUGGUUCCGUGCUCACCAUCGCUAACACCAGGAAUGGUAACCAGGGGCAGUACCGUUGCGUGGCAACUAACUCUGCGGGCCGAAGCACCAUGAUGGCCUCACUGACCAUCAAACAUUCCCUAAGGUGCUGGGGUACUUCCCCGGCAGGGCCCCUGCGAGUCCGGCUUGGUGAACCUGUAGCUCUGGAAUGCCAUGCCACAGGUAGACCACGCCCCUCCGUUACCUGGCAACGCCACGGAACACAGCUGGUAACCACAAAGACAGAGGACACCAGUACACUGAAGGUCAGACGAUCUGCCCGAUCAGCUGGAGUGUACGUGUGUCAGGCCCAGAACACUGAGGGGGUCGCCGAGGUCAAGGUGGAGGUCAUCGUUGAGGGUGGCCAGGGCGCUGCCAACGCACCCAAGGCGACGGUAUCCAUGGCAGAGGUGACAGCUGUGGAGGGUCACAUGGUCACCAUGCAGUGUCAGGCCACAGGUUCUCCCCUUCCUGUUGUCUCCUGGUCUAAACUGCGAGCCCCGUUACCAUGGAAGCACACUGUGGAGGGUGGAGUUCUGACUCUGACCAGCGUGGGGCGCCAGGAUUCAGGACAGUACAUCUGUAAUGCCACCAAUACACAUGGAUACAGCCAGGCAUACACACAGCUAGAGGUGGACUCCCCUCCCUACACCACCAGUCUACCAGACCAGGUGAGACUCCGCCCCGGUGACACCCUCCGUCUCCAGUGCCUCGCCCACGGCUCUCACCCAAUCACAUUCCGUUGGACACGGGUGGGCCGGGCCGGCAUGCCCGCAGGGGCGGAGACCAUUAAGGAUGGCCAGCUGCUGAUUGGCCAGGUGAAGUUGAAUGACAGCGGGACCUACAAAUGCGUGGCGACCAAUCACGUUGGUUCCAGCGAGGCUCUGGCGAAGGUCACAGUGAAAGCCUAAGCCAUCUCAUCUCCCCUGCGGCUCGUCAUACGUCUAAUGUUGAUGUCACGAACCCCACAACCCCCCAAGAUAUGCAUAUAUAGUGGGGAAAAAAAUGUUUAUGAAAUAAAUGUUGAUAAAAUCAAUAAUGGUAAAUAUUUUGA